AUGGUUAAAAAACAAAAAUUAGUUGUUACAAAUUCCUCGUCAACUACAACACUGGAAUCUGAAAAUGAAGAUUUAAAUAUUGGUUUAGACAUUGAUAUAACUACACAAAAAAGUGUUGAAAAUAUUGUAGAUAAAAAUGUCAUUUCCGACUUGGGAACUUUAAUAAUAGGCCCUGUGUGACCAAUUUUAACAGUAAGUACAAANGAAGACGUUGAGGUGUUUGGAAUUAUGUGUGAUGAAAUAAAGGUGAAAUAUAAAUUAUGUUUUAUACAUGGACUUCUUAAUUCAUUUUUAUUAAAUUAAUUUAUAGGUGUUACAAACAAGAACAAAUGGCAUUAUGUGUAAGGUAUGUUAAAAAUCUAUAUGUUGUUGAGAGAUUUCUCGGUUUUAUAGAUUGUUCUAAGAAUCAAGAUGCUGAAAGUUUAUAUCAUUACAUAUUAUGGUACCCGAAAAAGUAUAAACUUCUAAACCACAAAAAGUUGCUUAGUCAUAUGACAGUGCAAAUGUUAUGUCUGGGAAAUUUAACGGACUACAAAAUAAAAUAA